AGCCAUUACUGGUUUUUGAGCUGUAAGCUAGCAAGAGUAGCCUCAGUUCAAUAACACAAGAACAUUAAAAAAGGAACAGACGAUGGCUGAGAAGCAGCAGAGAAUCCAGAUUCCUAGAGUGAAGCUGGGAAAGCAAGGACUUGAGGUUUCCAAGUUGGGGUUUGGCUGUUUGGGACUUUCUGGAACCUACAAUGAUCCUUUCCCUGAUGAUGUUGGCAUGUCGAUCAUCAAGCAUGCUUUCGAUAGAGGAAUCACUUUCUUCGAUACAUCAGAUAUCUAUGGACCCAAAACUAAUGAAAUACUGGUUGGAAAGGCAUUGAAGCAGCUACCGCGAGAGAAGGUGCAGUUAGCCACAAAAUUUGGUAUUGCAAAAUGGGAUGCUACUGGUGUCAUAGUAAAUGGUACUCCUGAAUAUGUCCGUGCCUCUGUUGAGGCUAGCCUGAAGCGCCUUGAUGUGGAAUACAUUGAUCUUUACUAUCAGCACAGGGUCGACACCACCACUCCAAUAGAGGAUACUAUGGGUGAACUCAAGAAGUUGGUGGAGGAAGGGAAAAUAAAGUACAUUGGUUUAUCCGAAGCUAGCCCUGAAACUAUAAAGAGAGCACAUGCGGUUCAUCCCAUAACAGCUGUACAAAUGGAAUGGUCGCUCUGGACUCGUGACAUUGAGGAAGAAAUAGUCCCCCUUUGCAGGCAACUGGGAAUUGGGAUAGUUCCAUACAGCCCUCUUGGUCGUGGUUUCUUUGGUGGCAGAGCAGUUGAGGAAAGUGUGCCUGCAAAUAGUCUUCUGGGAAUUCUCCCAAGGUUUCAAAGGGAAAACUUGGAAAGAAACAAGGUCUUAUAUCUGAAAGUAAAGAAGUUGGCUGAGAAGCAUGGAUGUACCCCUGCACAGCUUGCACUUGCCUGGGUUCUUCAUCAAGGAGAUGAUGCAGUACCUAUUCCUGGAACAACCAAGAUCAAAAAUCUUGAUAGCAACAUUGAUUCACUGAGGGUGAAGCUCACUGAAGAAGAUUUAAAAGAGAUUUGUGAUGUGAUCCCCAUAAAUGAGGUAGCAGGGCGUAGAACGCUGGAUAGUUUUUUUCAGGCCACAUGGAAAUUCGCCAAUACACCCCCAAAGGAGAACAAGAUUUUCAGUUGACGUAAUUAUGGAUGCAAAGUCUGCAGCAAAACAUGUGUCGAUGUAAGGCUUGCUGUGAAGACCAAGCAAAGGCAAAGACAUUGAGGGCAGUCAUACUUUUGAUAUCUGUGUUGACAGAUUACUUUUUUUUUUCUCUUAGCAAUUGAAAGAUUACUCAUAUUAGUGUAUCUGUCAGUAAGGCAUGGUUAGGCAUGAGAUUAGUUGGUCUUUUGUGUAUUUCAGUGUACAAGCUUGACUAGGAAGUAAUUUAUUUUCAUUUAUAAUAAUCAAUGAAUGAAAGACAAGGCACAUAUAGCCUUUCACAUUUGCAAUUU